AUGUCUGAUCUAUACAGCAAACUAGGUCCUCAAGGACGUGCUUUGAUGAAUAAAUCACAAUAUCAAAUACACAAUUACAGCAAUGAUCCUAACAACCAACCACAAGACCUCGAUUUUGUUAUUAAUGAAUUGAGAAAUCCCAAACCAACGACAACAGUGAAUAGAGUGUUGGGGUAUUUAUACAACUAUGUUCCAUAUAUCAAACAUGAAAGGAAUUUAGGCAUUGUUAUUGCCAGUUUCUUAAAUAGUCCAGUAUGCUUUGGGGCUAACGUGCCCCCAUUUGAAGAGAAUUACUUGAUUAUCGAGGUGUUUAAAUUGAUCACCGACAAGAAAUUGGAAGUAUCUCAACCGACAUUGCCAAUCAAGGAAUUCUACACAGUUAUUAGAAAAGAAUUAGAGAACUUUGUAUGGUAUAACCAGAGUGCAAAUAGCUGGAAAGUGUUGCCCAUAAUAUGUGGAAUGAUGUUGUCAAAUUCACUUCGUAAUGAGUUGUACACUGAGGCCAACUAUUUCCAAUACAGGUGGUUUUUUGAUGAAUGGGAUGAAAAAAUGAAAAAGUUGUUUAUUCGUUGUUUGGAGUAUAGUUUGACAAGUAGUCAUUCGGAAGAUAUUGUAUAUCUUAGCGUCACAAGUUUGGCAUUGGUUUAUCAACGAGAUGAAAGUGUAAAGAAAUACACAAAACAUAUUAGUGAUGGAUUUAUGGUUGGUGUCUUAAUGGACAUGAUUUUCCUAUCACCCAGGGUGUCAAUCUUAUCGUAUCAUCAGUUUUUUAAACUCAAUCCUCAAGAUGCCAAUGUGAGUAAUGAUGUCAAUAAGCAAAUCUUGCAAAAACCAGUGAUAAAGCAUUUAAACAAGUUUUCGUUCCUACUUGCGGCGUAUUUCUCCCAAUUGAAAUAUACGCAUCAGAAUGAAGAAUUGAUUCUCACGAAUUUGACCAAAAUUGCUGAUGGUAAUAAAUUGAUUAAUCACAUGUGUGCAAAUUCCAUAUUUAAUACAUUUACCAGUGCCAAGGAAAACAACCCUUUGUUUCAACUGUUUUGGUACUUUAUGAAAAACUUGUUGUUUGCUGAAGUGAUCAUUUUCCAAGGGAUUUUCACUCGUUUCCUAACUGGCAACAAGUCAAAUUUCAUUUGGUUUAAUAAUCGAGAUUUGAUUAUUAUGCAACGUGCUUAUAGACAAAUUGCAUUGACUACAUUACCAAGCUUGUAUUAUCUCAAUUUCAUUUUGAUGUCUAUUGGACAAGGAGGAUUUGAUAACUACAACUUUGUUUAUUAUCUCAGUGUUGAAUUGGCAUUAUCCACGGGUCAACAUUUUGAACAAUUGGUGUUACGAUUGUUUCUGGAUUAUAAUGAGAUUAACUUGUACCUGGAUGUAUUGGAUCGCAACUAUAUAAUGCAACUGAAGGUGUUGUUUGUAUUGGGAUUAUGGGAAAACUAUUUACAGCAGAAACCGAUUCAAAAUGAACAUUAUGCCACCAAGAUUUACAAUCUAGUGAGAGAUUUGGCCAAUGAUGACAAAUAUACCAGUAACGAUCUAAUCGAAGCUAGUCACUCAGUAUUGUUGUUUUAUUUCGCCAAUAGCAAAAAUGUUGAUCUUGCUGAUUGCAUUCAAUAUGUCAAUUUACUAACCAGUCAAUUCCCGCAACGAUUAUCAUCUACUCAAUUAUGUAUUGCUAUUGAAACCAUUGGCAAAAAAAUCCUUUCCAACCCGCAACCAUACCCAGAGAACUCCAUAUUCAUCAACUCAGCUGAUGAGUUUUUCCAUUUCUUGGCUGAUAAAUGUGCACCAAUCCCUCGCGGUGCACCAAUAAAGCCAACUUCGCCACUGGAUAACCCCAGUUUUGCAUCAGCACAACCAAUAUCGGAAAUUGAAGCUCAUGCAACACUAAACACAUUGGAACAAGAUAACAAGAUGGAAAAUGAUAUCAUUCAUGAAAAUAAGGCCAAGAAACCUAAAGAUAAAGUUGUACGUGAUCUAUUACCUCGUUUCAAAAGGGAGUACAAGUUUGAAGAUCGACUUGCCCCUGAAACUGUUCGUGAAGCUGCCGUUUUGGCAUUAAUUAAUCUAGUUCCUUAUUUCCCAACUUCGUUGUUUAUUCCCUGGGUGGAACGGAUAUGGGAUCUAAUUGUGAAGAGUAAUGUGCUGGAGGCGAAUUAUUUAACGGGUAUGUUGUGGAAAGUAAUGAGUGAUAGUCUUGAUUUGAAUCGGGUUGAAUUGGCAAUGAGAUGGUGGUAUGAGGAGAAACAGUUGUCGGAGAGAAACUACAUUGCUGCGAAAAUGUAA